GCUGUGUUGUGAGUGAGCUGUGUCGCCAUGUUAGUGUUCGCGCUGGCCCUCGCCGCCGCCGCUGUCGGUGGCGCGGCUGCCGUGUCCGAUGAAGAAUACGCACGAUUCCCGCGUCUGUUCCACCUGGACGACUACGAAAGCUGCCUCUCCCAGCCCGAUGGACUCUACUGCCUCGGCACCUUCCACGUCACGCCCGGCAUCGCACCGAACCCGCUUUACGAUCAGAUGAAGGAAUACUCCAAGGACGUGAACAACUUCAACCGCACGCAGCUACAUCGCGGCUACUGCGUGAGCUCGCGAUGCGCUGGCGCAAGCGCAGAAGAGCGCAACAGCUCGCUGCGGUUCGAGCAGUGCGCAUCGCGUUGGGCGCGCCGGCGUGGGCUCAAGGUUGGCUUGCAGCGGUUGCAGUACUGUCGCUCCUCCGCCCAGGAGUACGCGCGCGCGCACAACACAGAGCCGCUGGAUCUGGCGCAUAGAGUGCUCACGGCGGUGGUGUACACCCUGCUGGCAUGUAAUGCUCUCGGGACGAUAUAUGAUGUAUUGCUCGAUGACGAUACUAAAAAGAAUAGCCUGCUAACAGUGUGGUCGCUAAGGUCGAACUGGAGACGGCUCACCGCCACCUAUGAGGACAAGGACCCGCGGCUUUCUGCGCUCGGGCCGGUCCAAGGUGCCAGGGUAUUCCUGCUGACGUUGACGAUGAUGACGCACGCCGGAGUCAUCCACGUCAUGUCCUACUCUUACAACCCGGAGUUCAUCGAAAAGAUGGCCCACAACCCAAACAUGACAUUGUUCUUCAACGGGACUUCAGUGGUGCAAAUCUUCUUGGUCAUCUCAAGCUUCCUGCUGGCCUACAACCUGCUCAUCCUCUCCAAGGAUCACGACAUCAGCCUCAGGCAUUUGCCUUUUUGCAUCAUCAAGAGAAUUGCAAGAAUAUGUCCCGUGUACCUGCUGGUGGUGGGGUUCGCGGCGACGUGGUGGCAGCGCGUGAGCUCCGGUCCGCUGUGGCCCGCACUCGUAGAGACUGAAAGCGCCGUCUGCCGCCGCAAGUUCUGGGCGCAAGCCUUCUUCCUCAACAACCUCAUCGACUCUAAAGAACACUGUCUCGUGCAGACAUGGUUCAUAGCAGUGGACAUGCAGCUGUACGUGGUGAGCUCGGUUCUGACGCUGGUGCUGGUGCGGAAGCGGCGCGCGGCUCUGCGCGUGCUCACUGCACUGGCGGUCGGCGCGUGCGUACUCAACGCGCUACUCGCUUACGUCUUCAACUGGCAGGCGCUUCUCUACUUCGUCAAUCCUGAAAACCUGCGCAACUUGUACUACGACACGCCGUCGUUCUCCGGGCUGUACAUGUCUCCGUGGGGCAGCCUGCCCGCUUGUCUCAUCGGCCUGCUCCUCGCACAUGUACACUUCGAGAUGCAGGAGAGCGGCUUCAAACUGUCCACUGUCACGUGGUUCAAGCUGCCGUACCACCUGGCCCUGCCGCUGACCAUCUCGUGGAUUCUGGGUGGCAACUGGGCGCGGCAGUACACCUCGCCCGAGUUUGUCGCUGCAUACGUCGCCUUUGAGAGGCCCGUCUUCAGCAUACUUUGCGCCAUUUUGCUUUUGGGAGGGUUCAAUCAGGUUGAAAGCAUAUUGCUGAAGUUCUUCAACUGGCGCGGGUGGCACGCGGCGGGGCGCAUGUCGCUGUCGGUGCUGAUGGUGCACUGGUGCGUGGACAUGGCCUUCGUGGCCGCGCGCCCGCAGCCCACCAUCACCUCCACUAUCGAAGUCGGUAUGGACUUCGUCUCAACGAUGCUGGUGUCUUACCUGAUCGCGUUACCCCUCACGCUCAUGGUGGAGAUGCCCGUGCAGAGGUUCAUAUCCAACAUAAUGAUGAAAGUGAUGCACAGGACAAAUAAAUAGUUUCUUCUAAAAGUGAAGUGAUUGUCGACUUUCUAGUUUGUAAGGAUAGUGUGGGUUCCAGGGUCUCGUUCGUGUACUAUUCAAUUAUGAAGAAAAUGUACGCGACACGAUUCCAGCAGCAUAUUGUAAGGAGCCAUUCAUAAGUUACGUCACACAUUGGCACUAAAGUGUCGACAACGUAUGACGAGGGACUGGGGUCUAAAAAUUCAAUUCCAUUGAUGUCGUUUGCGGAUAGCCCAUGAAGGGAUGUCUCAUGUCAGUAGUACCAAUCCUCAGCUAUACGAUGUCUGUGUGUUUGGUAUGUCCGUGUGUGCUCCCAUUGUUGUUCUUAAGCAGUAAAACCAGUCUAAAUGCUUUUAGACCCUUAGUCCCUGAAGAAAUAUGCACCGUUCCUUAAAGGUGACAGAUAGGAGUAGGUAAUUAGUUUUAAGCUAAAUAUAUUUCAACAAACUGUAAAAUUAUUGUGAAUUUUACAUUUACAAACUGUAUUCUAUGUAUAUACUCUCGUUUUAAAAACCGUCGCCAGUCGCCGUCACAGCACGCACACUUCGGUCGCACGAAUGGCGACACUAAUGUCAAAAUCAACUCACUUCAUAUGAGUAUGACUACGAAGAUGCUGAGUGGCAGAAUCUAGAAGGCACACAUCGAAUUCGUCUUACUAAUUUAGAAAUGAAUCAGUAUUGUUACGGAUUGUUACCAUUUUGACGUUCAUUGCCAAUUGUUAUUGUUUUAUUCUUCCUCAUCUACAGUGCUAACCAAUUCGAAUGUGAAUUUAAAAAAAAUUGCAGAUUUUAUAUAUUAUAUACUUAAUAAUAACUAACUAACUAUAAACUCAGCCCUGUAUUAUAUACUGUCCCACUACUGGGCACAGGCCUCCUCUACUACUGAGACGAAUAAGGUUUGAUCAGACACUACGAAGCUAUCAUUUCAGUGUUCAAGUUAGGACUCAUCCUCGUUAUAUGUGAAGAUUAUGUUGAUAACCCUUUUGUUUAACAUCUUUAUAAUAUUCUUGCCAAAAGUCGUGUUUUAAUUAAGGGGUGUGUGUAUACUUUGUAAAAUUAAAGAUAAGUCCUGCGAUAGCUCUCGUUGAAAUUAUGCCUGUAAAUACCAUAUUUUAUAUGUAGAAGGUACUCGAAAAAAUAUCAUAUUUUAUAGUUAGAACUGCUAGUAUAUUAUAGUAACGUUUUCUGUUAUCGAUUUAGUCAACAAUAAAUCAAAACAAAUAAUUAUUAUUACUACAUAGCUUUAAAAACCUUUGAACAAACAAAAACGUACAAUAUUUUACUGCAGGUUAAUUGCUUUGAAAUGUAAUUAGUGAAAUACUAUUAACUAUAAAUUGAAACAUGUUUUCGAUCGAUUAAAAUUUAAAAAAUUCGAUACUAAUUUAUUUAACAGCUGUCACAGGGAUCUUUCCGAAUUUUUCAAGGUAUAAUAACGAUAGUUUAGGGAGAACGCACAUUGCAAUAAAAAUAUCGUGUGAAAAAAAACCCUAGCGCACGCUAGCCCUCAUGUAUUUUGCCAUGCAUAUUAUACUAAUAAAAAUAUAUAUCAUUUGUACAUGUAUGUAUCUAUAGCACAUAUUUAAUGUUAAGUUUGUACAGUUAUGUUUAAGUAAAAUAA